AUGGCGGUCCCCAACUCUCCUGUUGAAGGCGGACGGGAGGGCACACAGUCCAGCAACCACCAGACCCAUCCACAAUUUAAUGGAUCUGAGGCUCUCCAACCUGUGCAGCCACCUCACAGCGAGCUCGCCAGCCACAGCCACGAGGACGAGGAGGGAGAGGACGAGGAGGAGCGCGGCGAGGAGAUGACAGUCACAAAUCAACCCGCCAGCAAGCGCAAGAAAAAGCGCUCGAAGCCCAAAAGCAAGCGUGGUCUGAACGCCCCAACAGGCUAUGAGGAGUGGUUCGCAGAUCCUCCGGUCACACCCGAAGUCCAUGCCGAAGAGCAGGAACUCUAUGCACAAGACAUACCAUUCAUCGAACGGAUUCUUACAGCGAUCCAGAGAUUUGAGAGAACACGAAAGCUCACUCCCACUCGUCGAGACAUCUUCUACAAGUAUCUAGCAUACGGAGGGCUAGAUGUCAGCCCGAAUAUGUUCCAAACAGUUGAUGAGGUCCAGAAGAAGGAGAUGAGCAAGGAAGAACUGGCCGUAGCUCUAUCUCAAGUCUCAAUCGGAACUGACAAAUACGACGUCGGAUCUGAGAACGCCCUGUACGAAGUCGACUUCCUCGGAUGCGCAAAAGCUUUCCUAUCUCGACGAGCAAUCGACAUCUGGGGUCUCGACACACGAGACAAGACCGUCGAGGUAACAACCACUCUAGAGCGCUUCAUGGACUACCUCCUCCAGCAUGAUGUAUGUCAAGAGUACCGAACCGAAGUGCUUGAGACUCGCAACUUCUGCCGCCAAGCUACCGACGAGCUGUGCGCUUGCGCUGAAGCUGGACGUCAACUUCCAGGUGACUUCAACAUUGCCUGCUCAACGCUUCUCGAAGGCUCGUACUCUCGCAACUACGAUGGCAAGACAUACUGGGGUCCUGAGAGGGACGAUGAGUGGAACUUCGUUGGCUUCACGCCAGAUAUCGCAUCUCAGAUCAUGUCCUACGCCAUGGCUGGCGCCGCUCCCGAGAAUAUCUGGGACGAGUAUCAAGGACAGCUCACAGACCCUAACGACGGCUUAAGCGUUGUCCAAACGAAGGAAUUCGCCGGCUUCGAAAUCACCCACAUCAUCCCACCCAGCAAGGAGUGCCUCAAGAUGUACAAGACCGACUGCAAAGACUACCGUCCCGUUGGCGUAGUCCGCGCCAUCCCCUGGACCGACCCAGCUGGCCCACCUGAAGAUCUCACCCCCGACGAGCGCGCACAAAUCGAAGCCCAGCAGUCCACGGCGAAGAAUACAGAGCAUGAAGAGUAUGUCUUCCUCAUCGAGCAGAACAUCCAACAUAACAUGCGUGUCGGUAUGAAGCUGCAGGCAACUCUACACAAGGUCAGCUGUGGCAUCUGGUUCUUCGAUGACUUCCAAAAAGUCUUCCCGCAUUUCGAUACAUUCAUUGCCAACGACCUCAUGACCGACUACCAGACGCCGGUUUGGUUGAAGGGAAGCGUGCCGUAUGAGGAAGAACGAGAACGGGAGCGGCUUCUGGAAGCCGAGAAAGCGGAACCGGAGGCGGAGCCAGAUGCGAAGCCGGAGCAGGAACGCGAGCACGACAAUGGUCACGAUGACAGCACAAAUGGUGACGCGGAGCAUCUCUAG